UUCUCGUCUCUCUGUUUAACAAUGGCGUCUUCCUCUUUCUCCGAUCACUACCUGCGACUUCUCUUCUCGAUUAUGGCCUUCGUAGUCUCUGCAUUCAUCUUCUUCCUCAUCCAAAAACGCUCCUCUAAGCCACGACUCAACCUCCCGCCGGGACCCCGUGGCUGGCCGGUUGUCGGAAACCUCUUCCAGGUUGCUCGUUCUGGCAAGCAUUUCUUCGAAUACGUUGAAGACAUCCGCCAGAUUUACGGCCCAAUCUUCACUCUCCAGAUGGGAUCCCGCACCAUGAUCAUUUUGUCCGGCGCCGACCUCAUUCACGAAGCUCUAAUCAAGCGUGGCUCUACUUUCGCCAGUCGCCCAGCCGAAAACCCUACCCGAAUCGUCUUCAGUAGCAAUAAGUUCUCCGUCAAUGCUGCAGUGUACGGCUCCCUCUGGCGCUCCCUCCGCCGGAACAUGGUGGAGAACAUGCUCUCUCCCAGCCGCUUGCAGGAGUUUCGCGAUGUGAGAAAGAACGCUAUGGAUAAACUCGUUCGACGCAUCAGAGCCGACGCCGAUGCAAACGGUGGAGUCGUUUGGGUGUUGAAGAACGCUCGAUUCGCUGUGUUCUGUAUUCUCUUGGCGAUGUGCUUCGGAUUAGAAAUGGACGAGGAAUCCGUCGAGAAAAUGGAUCAGGUUCUUAAAACUGUGCUGCUCACCGUCGAUCCGAGAAUCGACGAUUUCCUCCCGACUUUGAGGCCGUUUUUCUCAAAACAGAGGAAACGCGCCAUGGAAGUGAGAACAGAGCAGAUCGAAUUCGUCGUACAGUUCAUCAAUCGAAGGAGAAAAGCACUUCAAAAUCCAGGUUCAGACAUUACCGCUACUUCAUUUUCGUACCUCGACACGCUCUUCAAUCUCAAGGUCGACGGCCGGGAAUCUUCCCCAACCGACGCGGAAUUAGUCACUCUCUGCUCCGAAUUCCUCAACGGCGGCACGGAUACGACCGCCACCGCGAUCGAAUGGGGAAUCGCAGAGCUAAUCGCAAACCCUAACAUUCAGAACAAACUACACGAAGAAAUCAAGAAAUUAGUAGGCGACAGAAAAGUAGAGGAAUCGGACAUUGAGAAAUUGCCGUAUCUUCAAGCGGUGGUGAAGGAACUUCUGAGAAGGCAUCCGCCGACGUACUUUUCGCUGACACAUUCGGCGAUCGAGACGACGAAGCUUGGCGGAUACGACAUACCGGUGGAGGCGAGCGUGGAGGUUUAUUUGGCCGGAAUCAGCAACGAUCCGGAAGUAUGGAAGAAUCCGGAGAAAUUCGAUCCAGAGAGAUUCAUUGCCGGGGAGGGAGAUGCAGAUAUGACGGGGAGUAAAGGACUGAAGAUGAUUCCGUUCGGAGUUGGGAGGAGAAUUUGCCCUGGAUUGGGAAUGGCGACGAUUCACGUUCAUCUGAUGCUAGCGAGAUUGGUUCAGGAAUUCGAAUGGAGUUCGUAUCCACCGAAGAGUGAAUUGGAUUUUACGAAGAAGUAUGAGUUUACUGUUGUGAUGAAGAAUCCGAUCAGAGCCAUUGCCAGAACCAGAGGUUGAAGAAGAGGAAGAAGAUGAUGUCCUAAUGGCUACGUUUCUUUGUAAUGGAAAUUAUUGAGUUAAUAUAUUUUCCUUUUCAUAAC